CCCUCAGGAGCCAUGCUGCUGCUGCUGACCUUGGCCCUCCUUGCUGGCCCCACCUGCAGAGCCCAGAACAUACUGGGCAGAAAAGUUGGCACCUAUUUCUACAUUCGUGGUGAAGAUCAGGGUGAAAUCAAGGUCAUCCGGGUCUACUUAACAAUAGCAAAGUGCAUCAUGGGCAUCCAGCUGCAGUUCGGCAGUCACUGGAGUGAUGUCUACGGAAGCAACUCAUUGGAUUAUAAAGACUUUCAGCUGAAGGACGGAGAGCACGUGAUAAAGGUGCAUGGCAAAGAGGCAAACUGCCUGUGUUCCCUGACCUUCACUACCAACCAGGGGACCGAGUUUACCUUUGGUUUUAACAGAGGCAAACCAUUUGAUAACAGUGGAGGUCCAGACAAGCAUCUAGUGACUGUCAAUGGCAUGUAUACACCACAUAUCUGCAUCCAGGGGAUGGGCUUCAAAUGGACACAUGGUCCCCAGGAUGUGGGCUCCACGCAACUUCCAGGAAAUCCAAAGACCAGCCUUAACACUUCCAAAAAGAAGAAAGCUGACAAAGACAAGGACAAAGAUGACGACGAUGACAAUGAUGACGACGACAACGAUGCCCCAGUCCACCUACAAAAUCCAUUCUAG